AUGGCUUCGACACAACAAAAGAGUUUGAUUCAUACGGCGGCAUGUUUGAUCAUUGGCGAUGAAGUUCUCGGGGGGAAGACAGUCGAUACGAACUCGGCGUACUUUGCCAAAUUCUGCUUCUCAUUGGGCAUCAAUUUGCGCCGCAUUGAGGUCAUUGCAGACGAUGAGGGUGAAAUUAUAGAAGCCGUCCAACGCAUGUCGAAGAACUAUGACAUGGUGGUGACCAGUGGCGGAAUUGGUCCGACUCACGACGAUAUUACUUACCAGUCAAUAGCCAAGGCUUUCAACUUGCCAUUGAAGUUACACGACGCGGCUUUUGAGCGGAUGAAGAGCCUGUCGAAGCCGCACAAGUCUCAGCCAAACUUUGACUGGAACGUCGAGUCUGCAGCGCUCACAGCAAAGAAACGCAUGGUUGAACUGCCUCUUGACGAUGCGAAGCCAGAUGAAGAUCAAGUCAUUUUCGUCAGCGAGUCACUUUGGGUUCCCGUUAGCGUCGUGAACGGUAACAUUCAUAUCCUACCUGGGGUGCCGCGGCUCUUUGAAGCCAUGCUAGACGGACUGAAGCCCCGCAUCCUACCUAGAUUGACGGAUCCAGAGGGCAAAGGCGUGCUGCGGAUCCUAAUUUCGACUCCGAUGGCUGAGAGUGCCGUUGCUGGAUAUCUCACCGAGCUGGCUGCCAAGGCGGAGCCAAAAGGGGUCAAGGUGGGAAGCUAUCCACGAUGGGGAAAGGACCACAACACUGUGACGCUAGUAGGACGCGACCGCGAGUUCAUGGAGAGCUUAGUGCCUGAAGUAGAAAAGGCUGUUCAGGGGAGGCGCGUAAAUGUAGAGGGCGAAGACGACGGAGAAACGUCUGACAAGGACUCAUAG